AUGUCUCAACAUUUCCCCCAAGCAGCCCGAGCAUUGAUCCAUCCCAGCGAAUGGAAGAAGAUAUUCACCGAACGCAAAACCUGGAAAAAAUGCCACACCUUUCGUGAAAGAAAGAAGUCCGCCAAAGAGAAAACGUUUGUUGAAGAAUCCAGAUACCAAACGACGCCCGUACCUGGCAUGUAUAGAAUCGACGAGAAUGGAACAACAUUCCUCGUUGCUAUUCAACUAAUCCAAGGCCGGAGAGACAGCGAGGCCAUUUUUCAAGUUGCUCCUAUCAGCGAUUGUCCCGAUCCCUCUUUAGCCCAAGUACCUUCCACGACUAAGGACGACAGUCAAAGCUCUGACGCUGAAAGAUUUCUUGGCUAUAGAUACCUUCGCGAUCCAGCCAAAGUUGAAUACUGUCAGAUAUUGGAUCGAUAUAUGUUCAGCGACGAGCUAAAAAAGCGACAUGUCACCUACGAGCACAAACACGGCGUUUCUCACUUGUUCCGCUUGGACAAUCCAGCCAUUUAUAUUAUGAUUGGUGGUGGAAGAAGGAGAAAGAAUGGAGAAGCAUUCAAGAUGGGCAAGCUACCCAAACAUCAUAAGGGUAUCAAUGAUAACUUGUGGUGCCGCGACUCGGGUAAAGGCCCCUUCAAAAUGAUGGGGGUUGCAGAGGCGCAAAAAGCCAGGGAAGAAAUGGCGGAGAAGGGAUGUGAUGCAUGGUGUGAGACGGGGGAUGAACCUUAUCUGAAGGUUCAGCGAUAUGUGCAAAGUACUAUUUCUUUUACUUCACCCUUUACAGGUUGA